UACUCUUUAUAAUCGGAUAAUCCGAUAAAUUCAAUUGAUCGAGAAAUUAGCUGUAAUGAAGCUUUGAAACUUAAACAGCGACAAUAUUUUCUAUCAAUCCAAAACUAAAUUCUCUAUACCUAUUAAAACCAAAAAUUACUUUCACUUGCAUUUCGUCGGUUGUUCAAGUUCGUACAAGAAAGCUAUUGGAUUGUACAAACGAGAAGAAGAUCAUGUCGACGAAUGUGUACAACGAUUCGAGAAUAAUAUCAACGUCAUCGGAGUUUAAUAGCUCAUAUAAUGAUACCAUGGUACCUUCGAACGAAAGCUUUGGAGAAGACAUUACCGAAGACAUACUUUGGUACUUUUACGAUAAAUUUCGCAGCAAAACUAAUUACUUUUUGAUUAUCCUCUACGUACCUGUGAUGGCACUCGCAGUGACGGCCAACAUUCUCGUGAUCGCAGUAGUUUUCAAAUACCAUUAUAUGCGCAGUGUGACUAAUUAUUUCGUGGUCAAUCUGUCAGUGGCAGAUCUUUUGGUGACUGCGAUUUGUAUGCCGGUGGCUGUCAGUCAAGCAGUCUCCAUAAUAUGGAUACACGGCGAAAUAAUGUGCAAACUUUCCUCUUACCUUCAAGGUGUUGCAGUCGCUGCUUCGGUUUUUACCAUUACUGCAAUGAGCAUUGACAGAUACUUGGCGAUAAGGAAUCCUAUAGCGUUUCGUCGAGUGUUCAAUCGGAAAAGCACGGUUCUCGUUAUCAUGGCUCUUUGGUUAGUUGCUCUGAUCAUUUUUGCUCCUGUUCUCAGAGUGAUGACCCUCUACAGCCCAGGUAUGGAACUUAGCAACAUAUCUUUCCACGGAUCCUGGGCAAUGACAAGGAAUUUUUCACAGAAUAUUUCUCGUGUUUCUCGCCAACCACCUAUUUUCUACAUUUGUUCGGAAGAUUUUAAGCCUUUAGGCAUUCGGGCGCCCCUCUUCGGCGCUGUGUGCUUUGUGCUGGUUUACGCUAUUCCUGGUUUUAUCGUAAUACUGUCAUACUCGAUGAUGGGACGAACACUGUGCGCGCGGAAACCGCCUUUCGAUUGCGACAGCGUUGAAGGAAGCGCUAGCUCGCAACAGAGUUUUCGGCUGGUACGUGAGAGAAGGCGAAUUGCUUGGAUAUUGCUUCUUCUGGCGGUGCUUUUUGCACUGUGCUGGCUACCGUAUAACGUUUUAAUGCUCUUGAUAGACCUGGGUGCAGUCGAGGGAAAAGCAACGACAGAUGCUCUAUCCUAUUGCUUGUUUCUGGGACACGCGAAUAGCGCAUUGAAUCCUGUCGUAUACUGCAUUAUGACUCGUAAUUUCCGCCGGAGCGUAUCAGAGAUCCUUUGCCAUGGAUUGACACGUCAGAAGCCUUAUCGCAGGAGUGCUCAAGGAACUGCCGUGAUCGAUGAUGUAUGCGCAGGAUGUAGUGCUAAUAGUACCAUGAGGCGAGGGUUGCUUCGCAACCAGAGGAUGUUAUCCGGAUGUGGAUGUGGACUACCGAUCAAUGGUCAUCACGCAGUUUUGGCCCUUCGACGAACGGCCACUACUAGUAGUGGUGGAUAUGACAGUUUCUAUAGUAGACAUAGUCCUCAUCGACGUUGCUACAUGUUGCGAAGUCUUCGAGGAAGACAGCAAACAGCGAUGGAACAAAUGCAGAUAAACAAAAAAGAAGAAACCUGUUACAAGAACAAUGAAGUCACUCAACCUCAUGUGAAUACAUUGGUCACUACAGAUGAACAACGUUGAACAUAGAAAUAAAUGAUUAUAGAUGUAUGGAAUAUCGGUAAAGAUAUAGUCGGAAAAGAUGCG